AAGUGCUUGCUCUUUUCUCUCUCGGGUGCUGCGGCCGAGAAGUUCAGUAUCUCGGUAAGAGGCGUUUUGAGAUCCGGUGCCAUCGGCGGUAAAGCUAGAUUUGGGGAGCCGGUAACCGUCGCCAGAAGCCGUCGCCAUGCCUCGCAAAAUUGAAGAGAUCAAAGAUUUUCUAUUGACAGCCAGAAGGAAGGAUGCAAAAUCCGUCAAGAUCAAGAAGAACAAAGAUAACGUGAAGUUCAAGGUCCGUUGCAGCCGGUAUCUGUAUACGCUGGUCAUCACAGACAAGGAAAAGGCUGAAAAACUGAAGCAGUCUCUUCCACCAGGUUUGGCUGUGAAAGAGCUGAAAUGAACCAGUCAUGCUUGAAAUCUUGGCCGUGGAUUGUAAUAAAGGACUGAACUGUU